UGCACCUGAACACCAAGGAAGGAUGGCCAUUAGCAUGUAUUUGAGUAGAGUUUGUCUUACAAAAAACUAUUUGUCAAGGCUUACACAGCAAGGGAGAAAAACGAGGGAACUCUUCACAGAUAAAUUUCAGCCCAGAAACAGAUUCCAGAGCCAUUUUUGGUUUAAGCAGAAGACUCAAACAUCACAACCAUUAAACAAAGGUUUCCCAGCUUAUGGGUUAAAAUUUGGUUUUGGGAUUGCAGGAGGAUUGAUUUUAAUCUGUUGUAAAUCUCAGCAUGCCCUAUGUGAACCAAAAAGGAAAAAGAACAGUCGCCUUAUUGAAACAAAAGAUGAAGAUCAGGGGCCAGAUCCAAAUUUUAACUGGAAAGAAUUUAUCAAAGUUUUACUCCCAGAAAUUUGGUACUUAAUAGCUGCAAUUGUGAGUGCCUUUGCUGUGGCUGUUGUUAAUAUUCAGAUUCCAAUGAUGCUUGGAGAACUGGUCAAUGUUGUUGCAGAGUUCACUAAAGAUGCCAAUGUGGAUUAUUUCAGUGAAAUUAGACAACCAGCAAUAAAACUGAUUUCAAUGUAUGGGCUUCAGGCUGCCAUGACCACUGGUUACAUUGCAUUAUUGUCAACUGUUGGAGAACGUGUGGCAUGCAGGAUGAGAAAGGAACUUUUCCAGUCACUUAUUAGACAGGACAUUGUAUUUUUUGAUGCUCACAAAACAGGGGAGCUUAUUAACAGACUAACCUCAGAUGUUCAAGAUUUCAAAAGUUCAUUCAAGUUAUGCAUAUCUCAGGGCCUGAGGAGUGCAACCCAGACAAUCGGGUGCAUUGUCUCACUGUAUCUGCUGUCUCCAAAGCUGACAUUACUUAUGGUUGUUGUGGUUCCCAGUCUGGUGGCAGGGGGAGCACUGAUAGGUUCUGGACUAAGAAAACUCUCCAAGGCAGCGCAGGCCCAGAUAGCUCAGGCCACUUCGGUAGCAGAUGAAGCAUUGGGAAAUGCCAGGACUGUUAGAGCUUUUGCCAUGGAACCAAAAGAAAUAGAGUUAUUUAAUAAAGAAGCAGACCAGGCAAUGUAUAUGAAUGAGAAUCUGGGAUAUGGCAUUGGUGUGUUCCAGGGCUUAGCCAACCUUGCAUUAAAUGGAAUUGUUUUGGGUGUGAUGUAUGCAGGGGGAUAUUUGAUGGCAACACAUGAAUUAAGCCCUGGAGAUCUAAUGUCCUUCCUUGUCGCUACACAAACAAUACAAAGGUCCCUAGCUCAGAUGUCUCUGCUGUUUGGUUCUGCUGUGCGAGGUGUCAGUGCUGGAGCAAGGGUCUUUGAAUACACCAGUUUAAAACCUGAAAUACCACUAACUGGUGGCCAGUGCAUUCCUUACUAUGCUAUGUAUGGGAACAUAGAGUUUAAAAAUGUCAGCUUCUCUUAUCCAACAAGACCAGAGCAGGAAGUCCUUCACAACUUUAGCUUGAAAAUCCCAGCAGGGAAGGUGGUGGCUCUUUGUGGACUCUCUGGAGGAGGAAAAUCAACCAUUGCUGCUCUGUUGGAAAGGUUUUAUGAUGUCAAAAAUGGGUCCAUUACUGUUGAUGAUGUAGAUAUAAAGGAUUUAGAUCCUUCUUGGCUGCGUGGAAGGGCAAUUGGUUUUAUUAACCAGCGAAAGUUCAUUCCCAAUGUGAAAGAGAUGAGGACGCGAUUUUCAUAUUUGAGUCUUCGUUGGCCAAAUAGCAAGGAAGAACGUUAUAUUCGUAUCCUCAGUCGCACAGUGCUUGUUAUUGCCCAUAGGUUGAGCACCAUUCAGAAUGCUGACAUUAUAGCAGUGGUAGCCAAUGGCAGAAUAGCAGAGCUUGGUGACCAUUUAACUUUGAAGAGAAAACGAGGACUGUAUUGGGAGCUUAUAAAACAACAACAGAUAGAGGAUGAAGUACAUGAACAGAAUACAAAAUAUAGGGAACAACAAGGAUAACCCACAGAAAAUAAAAAAAAACUAAACCUUUAAUCCAAAGAUAAGAAUAUUUGUAAAAAAAAAAAAAGAAAAAUUAAUCUGAAAACUUUGUUGCAUUACCAAAUCACAACAAUUCUAUUAAGUAUAGAUUUUGUUUUUUCAAGUAAAACUUUUAUUUCCAUUUUCAAAUUAUGCAUUAAGAUAUAUUUGAAAAAAAUUAAGACAAAAAUUACGUAAGCAUGGAAAAUCGGGGCUGAACUUAUUAAACAAACAAUAUAGAUAUCAAUUUUUGUCAUUUUUUACCAUUUUUCAAUAAAAAAUUGAAAUUGUA